AUGGUUGAAGCACAUAAACGAGCGGAUCUACCGAAACCAAUCGAGUUUCCAUCAUUUUAUGAGGAUCAUCUAAUCCUUUCUGGUAGGCAUUGGCCUGUUGAUAAACCAAAAGCAGCACUUCUUUUUAUUCACACUUUUGGCGAUCAUGGUGCGCGCACUACAUUUCUCCAACAAUUUUUUAGUCAACAUCAUUUUGCUGUAUUUGAUUAUGAUUGGAGAGGUCAUGGAAGAAGUCAUGGUGAACGUGGUCAUAUUCCGCAUGUUCAAGCCAGUUUUGGUGAUACAGAUGCCGCUAUCGAUCAAAUUAAAAGAAAGUAUCCGUCACUUCCUCUUAUCGUCUGGGGAGAUGGAAUCGGUGCUUCUGUCAUACUCUUCUACACAAUGAAGCACAUGAAUAAUUUACCAUUUCAAGGUCUCAUUCUCUGUUCGCCAGCUAUCAGUCUUCCUAGAGCCAAAGCUGGUCCUAUUCAAUUAGCUAUGGUACGCGCCUUUUCUAAUCUAUCACCUAUGGUUCGUCUACCAGUAAGAGCAGAACAAUAUGCAACAGAAGUUACAGACGAUCAGGAAGUACUACAAGCUUAUAAGAAGGAUCCUUAUGUUCACGAUCGAUGGACAGCUAGAACAGUGGAUAUUAUGCUUGAAGCAUCAUUCCAGAUGCAAAGAGGACAUCGAUUUUCUAUUCCGGUCUUAAUUCAGUAUGGUACAAAAUCUAUCAUUAAAAAAGAAUAUCUACAGAACUGGGUUAAUCGAUCAAGUUCAACAAAAGUAAAAGAAUACAAAAUUUGGGAAGGAUUACAUCAUGAAUUACAUAAUGAUAGUCAACGAGAGGUAGUAUUUCAAUACUCGUUGGAGUGGAUUGAACGUUAUGUUUUAGAUCAAACUAACUAA